AUGCCGCCAAAGAUGACCCCAAAGAGCAAGAUGGGGUUCUUCACCAUGCGGCCGAAGGCAUCCGGCAAAUUCGGCAUCGAGUUCUCCGACGCCGGCUUCCGCUUCUGGCUCGACACCUACACCACCGCCGACAAGGACACACGUGCCUACGACGGGGCAGUGUGGCGUGCCGGGAGGCCGAAAAUGGACCUCAACUUCCCGAAGAUCGAGACCCGGGCGGAUGCGGAGUUCUUCGUGCCGGAGGGCAUUCGGAUGGAGGAGAUACCGAAGAAGAAGACAGAGAAGAGGCCGCUCAUUGUCGUCGGUUCCGACGAUAGCGAUGAGGCGGCGAUGGUGAGGUUCGCGCAGGAGAAUCCGGAGUAUGUUCAGGCCGAGCAGGAGUACUUCUGA